AAUUCGGAAAAGAGGAAGCUUGUCAAUAUCACGCAAAAGCAGAUUUGCGCGCUCUUCUGCGUCCGAAACGAGAGCCCUUCUUCUUCUAAAGCCUUGCGAUUCACAAGCUCUCUGCCAAAUAUGGAGAGAGAGGCGAGCAAAGUGGGUUCUGAUGAUAUCUCCAAUGAACCGAUCGAGGCUCUUAUGAGCCGGUUAAAGUCCAUGGUAGAGCAAAAUGGGAAGUUCUAUAAGAAGAACGUAGAGUGUAUAUCGAGUUUGAUGUCUCAGAUCAAGUCAAUGUAUGAUGAAUUGAAGUCAGAACAUGAGAAGAACAGUCAAUCUCUUGUGGAGUUACUUCAACAGAGUUUCGGAGAAUGUGAAAAUAGUGUCGGGAAUGCAUCCGUCAAGUUCCAUGAACUUAACGAGAAGUUUUGCGAGGAUAAAGCUUCUCAUCAGCAAGCCCCUCUGCAGGCUUUAGAUGGAAAGAAGGAGAAGUCUAUGAUAUCUGCAAUUGCUGAUAAGGUCGCCAAACUGGAUAAGUCCUUGAAAAUACAAGAAGAGAUUCAUGAGGAAUUCAAAAUUUUGGUGCAGACACUUUGCUUCAGGUUCCCACCAUAA